GCGGACAAACGCGAUUGGUGCCGAGGAGGACGCCAGUGAUUCCGCAACACACAGGCAGAGCGGGUGAAAGGAGCUGAGCUGUAACUUAGCCACAUGUGUAAAUCAUCCGGUUAGACAAAUUUAUUCUGGAAUUCGCAGUUUUGAAAGACCGGGACGUUAUUAGCCUAUCCAAAUGAGACCGUGAUGUUGGUAUGAGACGCUCGUGUAAGGUUUUAAUGGGAAGCUAGCAGAGCUGAGCCGGCGAAUUCAAGCGGAGCCAAAGGAGCACAACAGUUAGCUAGCUGUAGCCUGUUAGCUAUCCGUUAGCUCAGAAGCCGCUAACCCGUCCACUCUCGCUAAGCACCUGCUUGCCUGUACAAUAGCUAAUUAACCGGCAAGGGACUACACAGCGGUGUCUCGGUGUGACAUUCACAAGUACUUAAGUUUUUAUUGUCGGGGUGGCAUAGAAGAAGAGAGAGAACCGUGACAGGUUGAGGUUGGGACCAGCAGGACGAAAGAAACGGUGUCCUCAAGUGGCCGUUCACCAUGGACAACGCUCACACAAAGACGGUUGAAGAAGUUUACAGCUUUUUUAACGUAAAUGAAAGCACGGGUCUGAGUUUAGAGCAAGUGAAGAAACAACGGGAACGAUUCGGACCAAACGAAUUACCAGCGGAGGAGGGAAAAUCCCUGUGGGAACUAGUCGUUGAACAAUUUGAAGAUUUGCUUGUGAGGAUCCUUUUACUUGCUGCCUGCAUAUCAUUUGUACUGGCCUGGUUUGAAGAAGGGGAAGAGACCGUAACAGCCUUUGUGGAGCCUUUUGUUAUCCUACUUAUUCUCAUAGCAAAUGCAAUUGUAGGAGUCUGGCAGGAACGAAAUGCUGAAAAUGCCAUUGAAGCACUGAAGGAGUAUGAGCCAGAGAUGGGGAAGGUUUACCGCCAGGACAGGAAGAGUGUCCAGAGAAUCAAGGCCAGGGACAUUGUGCCUGGGGACAUUGUGGAAGUGGCAGUUGGUGAUAAAGUGCCUGCAGACAUCAGGCUGACUUCUAUAAAGUCAACUACGCUGAGGGUGGAUCAGUCCAUUCUUACAGGGGAGUCUGUGUCUGUGAUCAAACACACUGACCCGGUGCCUGACCCCCGGGCGGUGAACCAGGACAAGAAGAACAUGCUUUUCUCUGGCACCAACAUUGCAGCUGGUAAAGCUGUUGGUGUGGUUGUGGCCACAGCUGGAAAUACAGAGAUUGGCAAAAUCCGAGAUGAGAUGGCAUCAACAGAACAGGAGCGCACACCUCUGCAGCAGAAGCUGGAUGAGUUUGGACAGCAGCUAUCCAAGGUGAUUUCACUAAUCUGUAUUGCUGUUUGGAUCAUCAAUAUCGGACAUUUCAAUGAUCCCGUACAUGGAGGCUCCUGGAUUCGAGGUGCUGUAUAUUACUUCAAGAUAGCUGUGGCCCUGGCAGUUGCUGCCAUCCCUGAAGGUCUGCCUGCUGUCAUCACUACUUGCCUGGCUUUAGGAACCCGGCGCAUGGCCAAGAAAAAUGCUAUUGUCCGCAGUUUGCCUUCUGUUGAGACCCUUGGCUGUACAUCUGUCAUUUGCUCUGACAAGACCGGCACGCUGACCACCAAUCAGAUGUCUGUGUGCAGGAUGUUUAUCAUUGAUCGGGCAGAAGGGGAUCACUGUUCAUUAAAGGAAUUCACCGUUUCCGGCUCCACAUAUGCCCCAGAUGGAGAAGUGUUCCAUGAUGGAAAACCAGUCAAAUGUUCCCAGUAUGAUGCUUUGGUGGAGCUGGCCUCUAUCUGUGCUCUCUGUAAUGAUUCCUCCUUGGACUACAAUGAGACCAAAGGUGUGUAUGAGAAGGUGGGAGAGGCCACAGAGACGGCACUUACAUGCCUGGUGGAGAAGAUGAAUGUGUUUGACACCGAUGUUAAAGGCCUGUCGAAGAUCGAGAGAGCAAACGCCUGUAAUUCAGUGAUCAAACAGCUGAUGAAGAAAGAGUUUACACUUGAAUUUUCCAGAGACAGGAAGUCCAUGUCUGUGUAUUGCACUCCUAAUAAGGCCCGAUCCUCUGUUGGCAAGAUGUUUGUAAAGGGUGCCCCCGAGGGAGUGAUUGACAGGUGCACACACAUCCGUGUAGGCAGCAACAAGGUGCCCUUAACUGCUGGCAUCAAAGAGAAACUGAUGUCUGUCAUCAGGGAAUAUGGAACAGGCAGGGACACCCUGCGCUGCCUGGCUCUGGCCACCAGAGACAGCCUUAUGAACAAAGACGAGAUGGUGUUAGAGGACUCCAGCCGCUUUGUUGAAUACGAGACUGAUCUGACAUUUGUCGGGUGUGUUGGAAUGCUGGAUCCUCCCAGAGCCGAGGUAGCAGCCUCUAUCAGACUCUGUAGACUUGCAGGCAUCCGAGUAAUCAUGAUCACUGGAGACAACAAGGGGACAGCAGUGGCUAUCUGCAGACGUAUUGGUAUCUUUGGAGAAGAUGAUGAUGUCUCAAGCAUGGCAUUCACUGGCCGAGAGUUUGAUGAUCUCUCACCUGCAGCGCAGAGAGAAGCUGUGGUCAAAGCCCGCUGCUUUGCCCGAGUUGAGCCUUCACAUAAAUCUAAGAUUGUUGAAUACCUGCAGUCCUAUGAUGAAAUCACAGCUAUGACUGGUGAUGGAGUGAAUGACGCACCUGCUCUAAAGAAGGCUGAAAUCGGUAUCGCCAUGGGCUCAGGGACAGCUGUGGCCAAGACGGCAUCUGAGAUGGUGCUGGCUGAUGACAACUUUUCCACCAUCGUAGCUGCAGUGGAGGAAGGCCGAGCCAUUUAUAACAACAUGAAACAGUUCAUCAGAUACCUCAUUUCUUCAAAUGUGGGCGAAGUUGUCUGCAUCUUCCUAACAGCCGCUCUAGGCUUCCCUGAAGCCCUCAUCCCUGUUCAGCUGCUCUGGGUAAACCUGGUGACUGACGGUCUGCCUGCCACUGCUUUAGGCUUCAACCCCCCUGAUCUCGACAUCAUGAGCAAGCCGCCACGUAACGCCCGUGAGCCCCUCAUCUCUGGAUGGCUGUUCUUCAGAUACCUGGCUAUUGGAUGUUAUGUUGGUGCAGCCACUGUCGGUGCUGCUGCCUGGUGGUUUGUUGCUGCCGAGGAUGGUCCAAGGAUCACCUUCUACCAGCUGAGCCACUUCCUGCAAUGUGGUCCAGAGAAUCCAGACUUCGAGGGUUUGGACUGUAAGAUUUUCGAAUCCCCUUACCCCAUGACCAUGGCCCUGUCAGUGCUGGUCACUAUUGAGAUGUGCAAUGCCCUGAACAGCGUGUCAGAGAACCAGUCCCUGCUGAGAAUGCCUCCCUGGGAGAACGUGUGGCUGCUGGGAGCCAUCUGCCUCUCCAUGUCACUUCACUUCCUCAUCCUCUACGUGGAGCCGCUUCCUAUCAUCUUCCAGAUCACCCCUCUGAACCUGACACAGUGGCUGAUGGUGCUAAAGAUCUCUCUGCCUGUCAUUCUUCUGGACGAGGUUCUGAAGUUUGCAGCCAGGAACUACCUGGAGCCCGGUAAAGAGCUGGAGAAGCCCGCCGGCUCCAAAGGCUGCUCCCUGUCUGCAUGCAUGGAGGGCAUCUCCUGGCCCUUCGUGGCCGUCUCCCUCCCCCUGGUCCUCUGGAUCUACAGCUCCGACACUAACAUGGCCGACAUGUUCUGGUCCUGACUGACUCGAGCACAACCUUGACUUUUCCAACCCCCACCCCCACCUCCACCCAUCCACCACCAUCACCCCCUCCUCCCUCUCCUCCCUCCCUCUCUGCCUUCUUACAUGUGCAUAGCUAGCGAGUGUGCGCGUUUGUAGAGUUAGUGUGUGUAGUUGUGGGUGCGUGCCGUGUGCGUGUAUGAGAAGGACCAACUUUAACACAUGAAACGUAACAAAUAAUAUAAAAUGUUAACAGUGAGAAGUCAGCUGGCUUAAGUUUGGAUCAGAUGCGAGUGUUAGAAGACCAUCACUCCCGUAGCUGUGGACUUUGUUGCUGGUUUCAAAGAUAUGUCGCCAGACCUUUUUGUUUUCUCAUGUCAAAACUGCCUUUAAGGUUUAUAUUUUAAUAGAAUAUAAUCUGUCUCAUGUCACUACAGUAACAACACCAACUUGUUUUGUUUAGCCUCCCCUCUUCAUGAGCAGAAAGUUAAGAUAUCAGACAUUAAUUUUUCUGUACAGAGAUUGAAUUUUAUGCAAUUUCAUUUUUUUACGGCUUUGUACAUUUUUUGACCAGCGUGGCUUAAACAUUCCGCCUUGAUUUCUUUUCUAAUGUUUACCAUUGUGUCUUCAGUAUACACUCAGAACUCUCUCAGAGAGGACAGGCUCCGUGUGGCCGACAAGGACGGGGAAAGGUUUGGGAGUGACAGUUUGAAUGCUCCGCUUAAACUCAAGAAAAACAAAAAAAGCCGCAUGUCCUGUGACCAAGCAUGAAUUCUGUGUGGUUUCUCAUUCUAAUUUAAUUGUUGUUUGUCCAUUCCAGCCCCAUGUUAGCGUAAAAAUUAACUUCCUGGAUGUUUUUUUACUUAAAUGAUUUGAGAUGAAGCCAGUUUUUCUGCACUGGGCAGAGCACAGCUACCUCAAUAUGAUAAUUUUUUGCUCAUCUCUAGAUGCUUUUCCUAAAUGACCUUGCAAACGUGUAACAUCUGAGGUGUGCCCCUAUUUGCUUGUGCAGAAAACAAAGAACAAAAUUUGCCUUCCCUCUUAACAUUUUUAAGGAUAUAGUUUGUAUUGAUUUUGACAUUCUUAACUUUAUUUGUGUUUUGCUUUGGAGACAGAGCUGAGUGGGAAUGACUUUUGUUAAUUAUGUCUCCAUGGCGUUUGAUUCAAAGGACAAUAAUAUAAAAAAUAAAAAUCUAAUACAGAGAGUACUCCAAAUGAAGUUGGACUGCAAAUCCCAAAAUGUUGUUUUUUUACUCCAAGGAAAAAUACACUCAUAAACCCUUUGAA